AUGCUAUCUCAAAUGGAACAUACCAUGGAAACCAUGAUGUGCAUGUUCCACAAGUGUGCUGGGGAUAAAGGCUACUUAACAAAGGAGGACCUACGAGUACUCACAGAAAAGCAGUUCCCUGGAUUUUUGGAAAAUCAAAAAGGCCCUCUGGCUGUGGACAAAAUAAUGAAGGACCUGAACCUAGACCUGGACCUAGACCAGUGCCGAGAUGGCAAAGUAGACUUUCAUAGCUUCUUUUCACUAACUGCUGGGCUUACCACCACAUGCAAUGAGUAUUUUGUAGUAUAUGUGACAUGGAAGAAAAAGAAGUAG